AUGGAUUCUGUGGAGAGAAGAUCCCAAUGGGAACUUAAACACUUUCAAUUAUGUACGGUUACAUAUGGAACAUCUUCCGCACCACAUCUAUCAGUUAGGGUAUUGGAACAAUUAGCGAGAGAUUACCAAGAAUCCCAUCCUAAUGCAUCAAGAAUCUUACUCGAAGACUUCUAUGUCGAUGACGUAUUAACAGGUGCUUCAUCAGAAGAGGAACUUAUUUUAAAUCGAAAGGAGCUCAUCGACUUACUUUCACAAGCAGGACUUGAGUUAAGUAAAUGGGUAUCCAACUGCGAAUCUAUUAGCCCACCAAUUAAAAAUGGGGAAAACUUUCUACGUGAAGGUCAGGAUAAAUCUACAAAGGUUUUGGGUAUUUAUUGGAACUCAGAGAAGGAUAGUAUUCAAUAUAGUGUAAAUUUGAAUGGCUCACAAUUAGCAACAAAACGAAAGGUUAUCUCUGAUGUCGCUCGAAUUUUCGACCCUCUUGUCUUGGUAUCACCUAUCGUAGUGAAAUUCAAAAUCUUAUUCCAGGAAAUAUGGUUACUUAAUCUUGAGUGGGAUAAACCACUACCGCAGGACUUGGCUAGGCUGUGGAUCAAGUAUAGAGAUGAUCUUCACAAUCUUACAAAAUUGAAGCUACCUCGAUAUGUACCUAACUUGAACACAAGCAUUCAACAGCACGGGUUUAGUGAUGCCUCAAUUAAGGCUUAUGCUGCUGUUGUAUAUUGCAGAAUGGAGGACGCUGAGGGAAAUAUUUCCAUCACACUCAUCGCGUCAAAGACUCGUGUGGCACCACUCAAGCAAAUAUCCCUUCCUAGGUUGGAGUUAUGCCUUGCAUUACUUCUUACUCGUUUAAUUAAGACGACCAUUUCUUCAUUGUCUCAUCAACAAAUUGAUGUAAAACGUUUUAUAAACCUACGGAUACACAAAAUCAAGAAUCCUGCUGAAUAUCUAACUUGCGAUGAAAUUAGACAAGGCAAGAUCAUUUGUCUCAGAAUGGCGCAAAAUAGUUUCUCAGCGGAGAAGAAAAGUUUACUACAGGAACGGAAGGUUGACAACAAUUCGAAAUUAAUUCAACUUUCACCAUUUAUCGAUAAUGAUGGACUUAUAAGAGUAGGUGGACGAAUUUCGAACUCUGAACUUUCAUCUGAAAUUCAACAUCCGAUCAUUCUGCCGAAAGGUCACAAAAUCACAACCCUAAUCCUUAGGGAAGAACACGUUAAGAAUUUGCAUCCUGGCGUCUCAUUUUUUGAUAGGCAGGCCGACUACUCUGAUACCUGA